AUGGUGAGAAUAACUGUGCAGAUGGUGCGAAAUAAAGCAGAACAUCAUGAUAGACUUCUCGGUCCCUUAGAAGAAAUUUCACUUCACCAAGAGAACAUUGAGAAAAUCGAGUUCAUACAAGACUGGUGUCCGAAACUGAAAAUUCUUUUGAUGCAAAGUAAUUUAAUAGCUAAAAUAGAAAAUCUUAAUAAGUUAAAGAACUUGACAUAUCUUAAUUUGGCUUUAAAUAACAUAGAAAUUAUAGAAAAUCUGGAAAGAUGUGAAUCAUUGCAAAAGUUAGAUCUAACUUUGAAUUUCAUUGGGGAAAUAGUAAGUGUGGAGAAUCUAGUAGACAAUUAUAAUUUAGAAAACUUAUAUCUAACUGGAAACCCUUGCACUGAUUAUGAUAACUAUAGGGAUUUUAUUAUUGGAACGUUACCACAACUUACAAGUCUUGAUGGCAAAGAUAUUGAAAGAUCUGAUAGAAUAAAAGCAUUACAAAACAUAAAAAUUAUUAAAUCUGAUAUUUUAUUUGAACAAGAAAAUUACAGACAUCAGCGAAGGAAACAAAAAUCUCGACUUGAACGAGAUAUUUCGGAUAAAUGGGAAAAUGAGUACAAAAAUAUGGAUCCUGAUGAACGAAAUAAGAAAUUUUGGGCUGAGAAAUGUGAACAUGCACCUGAAGUUCGUCAUGAAAUAGAAAAAAUGCGUCAACUAAAGCUUAAAAGCUAUGAACCUGAAAUAAAAGAGGAGGAGAAACGGCAAUUUAAGUUUUUCGCUUCAGAUGGUAGACCCUUUAAUAUUAAUCAGGCGAAAAUAGACUUUACGUUCAAUGAUAUGGAACUUGAUAAAUAUGUAUUAGAUUUAGCUGUUUAUAAACACUUAGAUACAAGUUUGGUAGAUGUUGAUGUUCAGCCCAAUUAUGUCCGGGUGCUGAUUAGAGGCAAAAUAUUCCAACUCCAUCUACCGGAAGAAGUUGACACUACUAACUCAACUGCACAGCGCUCGCAAACAACGGGGCACUUACUAGUCACCAUGCCAAAGACAAACGUGGUUAUAAAGAACCCUAAGACUCUCAGUGUGAGAAAAGCUCCAUUUAUAUCGGAUCACACCCCAAAGGAUUGUCAAAUAAAUACGGAUCAGACCAAAAGAGAAUAUUUAGAAAUAGGGCCAGCUGACAAUAUUCUGGAUUUUACAAAAAUGAAUAAAACAGUCACCAAGCCAGUCUAUAUAGACCCUAGGAUUCAACUUGGAGAAAAACAACCUUCACCGGAAUUCGUUGAUAACCCUGAAGUUCCUGAUCUCAUAUAAUCAAGAUUAAAAUUAUAUAGGCACCUAC